AUGGAAAUCGAUCGCAAACAGAGCGUCGACAGCGAGUCGGCGAUCCUCGUCGGAGUGCAACUGGCCGACAGCCCGAAGCUGUCGGAGGAACCGCUGGAGGAACUCGCCGGUCUGGUCGAGUCGGCCGGCGCCGAGAUCGUCGGCCGCCUGACCCAGCGACGCGAAAGCCCCGACAUCGCCACCUACGUCGGCAAGGGCAAGCUCGAGCAGCUCGAGCAGAUGGUCAAGGCGUCCGAUGCGGACGUCAUCGUCUUCGACAACGACCUCUCGCCCGCUCAGGUCCGCAACCUGGAGCAGGCCACGAAGGCGAAGGUCCUCGACCGGACCGAGCUGAUCCUCGACAUCUUCAGCACCCGCGCCCAAACGCACGAGGCGCGCCUCGCGGUGGAGCUCGCGCAGCUCGAGUACUCGCUGCCGCGGCUCAAACGGAUGUGGACCCACCUGUCGCGCCUGAAGAUGGGCGUCGGCAUGCGGGGUCCCGGUGAGAAGCAGCUCGAAACCGACCGCCGCCUGGUCGAGAAGCGGAUCAGCGACCUGAAGCGCGACCUCGACAAGGUGCUUCACCGCAAGGAGCGCGAGGUCGCCGCGCGAGGCGACCGGAUGACCGUCUCGCUGGUCGGCUACACCAACGCCGGCAAGAGCACGCUCCUGAACACGCUGACCGACUCGAAGGUCUACGCCCAGGAUCAACUCUUCGCCACGCUCGACACCCGCACCCGCCAGUGGCGUCUGCCCGGCUGGGGCCCGGUGCUCUUGAGCGACACCGUCGGCUUCAUCCGCGACCUGCCGCACCGCCUGAUCGCGAGCUUCAAGGCGACGCUCGAGGAGUCGCGUCAGGCCGACCUGCUGCUGCACGUCGCCGACGCCAGCAGCCCCUCGGCCUGCGAUCAGGUGCGCGCCGUCUACGCGGUGCUCGAGGAGCUCGGCAUCGAGCAGAAGGACACGCUGCUGGUGCUCAACAAGGCGGACUGCGCCGAAGAGACCUCGCUGACCGUUCUUGAAGAGCGCUACCCCGGCGCGGUGCGCGUCAGCGCCAAGACGGGCGAGGGGCUCGACCGGCUCGCGAUGGCCGUCAGCGAUGCGCUGAGCCGCGACUUCAUUGAGGCGGACAUCGAGACCUCCGUCGGCAACGGUCGGCUGCUGGCGUACCUCGCCAAGCACGGCGAGAUCCUCAGCCGCACGUUCACUGAGGACCGCGUGGUCGUGCACUGCCGCGUGCCGCGCAAGUACCUCGGUCGCGUUUCGACCGACGAGGCGGACAUCCGCCCGCGCGAGAACCCCGCGCCGGAGGACGCCGUCGCCGGCGUCGCCCCGCCGCUCGACGGUUGCGCGACACCGCCGAACGUCAAACGAUCAAGAGACACCCUAGCCCCGACCAAGCUUGGUCGGGGCUACUUCGUUGACACGCAGCCGAACCGUCACCAAUUCGUGGUUAUGAAGCAGCUCGCCGGCCAACGGGCGCUCGUCACCGGCGCCUCCGGCGGGCUCGGACGGGCGCUCGCCAUUCGGCUGGCGCGAGACGGCGUCGCGACGAUCCUCUUCGCUCGCGGCCGCGACGGUCUCGACGACACGGCCCAAGCGAUCGCCCGAGUUGGUUCGACUCCCUUCAUCUGCGUCGGAGAUGUGACCAACGCUAGCGACCGCCAGCGAGCGCUCGCCGCGGCGCGAGACGAACUCGGCGGGCUCGACCUGCUCGUGAACAACGCCGGCGUCAGCGCCCACGGCCGCUUCCACGAAUCGUCGCCCGACCGACUGCGGCAGAUCAUGGAGGUGAACGUCUUCGCCGCCGCGGAGCUGAUCCGCGAGGCGACGCCUCUGUUGGCGGAGAGCGAUCGCGGCUGCGUCGCCAACGUCGGCUCGAUCCUCGCCUGGCGCGGCGUGCCCCAUAAGGCCGAGUACUCGGCGAGCAAGUUCGCGUUGCGUGGCCUCAGCGAAGCGAUCCGCCCCGAGCUGGCCCGGCUCGGCGUCCACGUGCUGCACGCGUCCCCCGCGACGAUCGACACGGCGCUGUUCGACCACCUCGUCGACAAGCACGGUGAGAUCCCGUGGAAGCAACCGCGCGGCUACCCGCCCGAGCGCGUCGCCGACCGCAUCGUCCGCGGUGUCGCACGCCGCAAGAACGAGGUCGCCAUCGGCUGGAAUGACUGGGCGUUCGUCCGCGCCGCCCGCUUCUCCCCCUGGCUGCUCGACCGCGUGCUAAACCGUUACGGUUAG